CUGAAUGACGUUCUCAUAUAGCUGCAGAAGCUCGACAGUAACUCCGACCCAAGUCGCUGAUGGAGCCUGUUAAAAUCCAUCUUCAUCCGUGGACAGCUAACCAGUAUCGACAUUAAAAACAACAAGAGCAAAAACUACAUUCUUCGAUCUUUUUAACAAGCUCCGUAUUGUCACAAUACGAUGUAAAUAGUAUUUUAAAACAGGAGGCGAAAGAUUGUCGACGCCAACCUCAUCCGGAGACAGCACACAGAAGAGCAAUUUAUUCGCUCCAGCAGUUUUUUGUCGUCGGGUUUUUCUGCCGAUUCUGGUUGUUAAACAAACUAGAGCUUUAAACCUGAACAUAUUUUGGAUAUUUUGGGGCUAGCGAGCCAGCAUCCUAGCCAAUUUACAAUGGAGUUGAGAGUAGGAAACCGAUACAGACUGGGCAGGAAAAUUGGAAGUGGAUCGUUUGGAGACAUCUAUCUGGGUACGGAUAUUUCUGUUGGAGAGGAGGUUGCCAUCAAACUGGAAUGUGUGAAGACCAAACACCCACAGCUCCACAUAGAGAGCAAAAUCUACAAGAUGAUGCAGGGAGGAGUGGGCAUCCCAACAAUAAAGUGGUGCGGAGCUGAGGGGGACUACAAUGUGAUGGUGAUGGAGCUUCUGGGACCCAGUCUGGAGGAUUUGUUCAACUUCUGCUCUCGGAAGUUCAGUCUGAAGACCGUCCUGCUGCUGGCUGACCAGAUGAUCAGCCGCAUUGAAUACAUCCACUCCAAGAACUUCAUUCACAGAGAUGUGAAGCCCGACAACUUCCUGAUGGGGCUGGGCAAGAAGGGCAACCUGGUCUACAUCAUCGACUUCGGUCUGGCCAAGAAGUACCGCGAUGCUCGCACACACCAGCACAUCCCGUACCGUGAGAACAAAAACCUGACUGGCACGGCUCGCUACGCCUCCAUAAACACACACCUGGGCAUCGAACAGUCCAGACGGGAUGACCUGGAGUCUCUGGGAUAUGUCCUCAUGUACUUCAACCUGGGCUCUCUUCCCUGGCAAGGCCUCAAAGCUGCGACCAAGAGACAGAAAUAUGAGCGCAUCAGUGAGAAGAAGAUGUCCACGCCCAUCGAGGUCCUCUGCAAAGGCUACCCCUCCGAGUUCGCCACCUACCUAAACUUCUGCCGCUCUCUGAGGUUUGACGAUAAACCCGACUACUCAUACCUCCGCCAGCUCUUCAGGAACCUCUUCCACAGACAGGGCUUCUCCUACGACUACGUCUUCGACUGGAACAUGCUCAAAUUUGGUGCCAACAGAGCCGUGGAGGAUGCAGAGAGGGAGCGUCGGGAACGGGAGGAGAGGCUGAGGCACAGCAGGAACCCUGGAGCCAGGGGCAUGGCAUCCGCCUCGGGAAGAGCCAGGGCAGCUCAGGACGCUGCAGCCCCCUCCCCCCUCAACCCUGCCUCACACACAGGUAUGGAGAAGGAGAGGAAGGUGAGCAUGCGUCUUCAUCGUGGAGCACCUGUCAACAUCUCGUCCUCAGAUCUGACUGGACGCCAAGACACAUCCCGCAUGUCCACCUCACAGGCUCUGUCCCGGGUCACGCCCAGUGGCCUCCAGUCUGCAGCUCCUCGGUGAAACCCUCCCUCCACCUGUCCACCACGUAGGCCUCGACACACACCACCUCCACCUGCAGCACACACACCACCUCUUCAUAAGAUCAACUGGACUCUGAGACUACUCUGAACUACCAACCAGAGUCUGGCUGAGCUCCGCAGCCAGGAGACUGAGAAUGUGUGAGUGUGUGUGCGUGUGUGUGUGUGUAUGAUGGGCAGGUAGAGCUCAGUUUGGUUGCUUUAACAACCAUACUGGCAAAGUAGCAGCCACAGCAAGCUUUCUUCUGUAUGGAAGCUGUGGAAACACCCUCCUCCUCCUCACUGAUGAAGCCAUGGAUUCUCCUAACUUUUCUGGUUUCACUCCUGACUUUGAGCAUUAAUCGUGUGCAGCAGUUGGUGGACUCAAACUCCUGUCAGAUAUUCAAGUCAAACUAUGGUCUUAAUUUCCUGUUUUUGUUUUGUUUUGGUUUUUCAGGUGUAUCAUUACCGGUAGGAUAAGAUGGGGAAUGAUCCCAUCGUCUGCAGCUGUAGCUGUGAACGGAGGUCCGUCAAUGUGGUGUUUGUGUGUUAGCGGUUGUUUGUUUGGUCCAGCGGGGUUUACUCUGUUUUUUACUCCUCUGUGCCCUCGGCUUCUCUCUGCUUCCAUGUUGGAUAAUGUUCAGCCUUUUCCUUUUUGGUUUCCAGGAUUUGUUCAGCUUUUACCAGAUCAGGUCUGGAAAACACGUGAAAACUGGAGCAUCUUCUGGUUUCCGUCUGUGGUCAGGAACAGAAGAGCUCAGAAGUUUGAGUUGUUUUAAUCAUCUGUCUGCAGUUUAACGUCUGUAUGCUUCUGUUUGGAGUUGCUGGGAACGACAACCAGCCUGUGAACGCAAGUACUGAUGAGAAAUGUGACCUGAAGUCUGUUUACAGGAAAUUUGAGCUUCUUUGUAAAGAUUCGGGUGACGGAGCAGCUGGGAUUGAUGUGGGAGCGUCUGUGAGGUAGAAAAUGGACAGAUUGUGGGAGCGUCUGGUGGGAGAUGAGGAGGGUGUGUGGGAGUCCUGCAGAUUUUAAAGUAGAAAACUUCUCUGUGUGAUAGACUGAUGCAACGUGUUGUAGUUGAAGGGGAGUGGGUUGUAGCUGUGACUUGUACAUGUUCUGUUGUUGUGUAAACUCCACGUCCACACCGUGACGUGUACAGAGGGACGGGGACGCCGCACUCCGUUAGACUUCCUGCUAAGAUGUUUCUUUUCUGAGUAUAGUUGAUGUGUGGGCUUGAAAACAAAGUGAUGAAUUAACUUGUAUGUCUCACUGAUGAUGGCAGUGUGCACUGUACAUGGGACGGGUUUUUAUUUAGUCACCACCCAGAUUCUGCUUUUAACGGUGCAAAUGGUGACUCACAUCCCACAAUGCAUCUGUGGAUUCAUGGGGAAUUCUUUUCACUACCAUCUUAAGACUUUUUGCUCCUCAUUUGUAAUGCCACUGUAUUUGUGUAUUUUAAAACUGUGUAAAUAAAUUAAUAAGUACUUGUAA